AUGUUAAAGAUAUCUAACAGUAAUGCGACCAACGACGCAGUGUGGCUAGACGCAGCCAUUCACUCGCGGGAGUGGAUCAGCACCGCAGUCGUCACAUACCUCGCCGAUUACAUCGUCCGGAACUUUCAGGAGCUCUCUACAUCGAUAACUAAUAAAGACUGUUAUGCGUGGGGCAAUAAUGGAGAGGAAGGUUCCUCCGAUCUGCCCAGCAGUGCGUUUUACAGAGGACCCACGCCGUUUUCAGAACCUGAAGCACUUGCUGUUAGGGACACCAUUUUAGGCUCGUCAACACCUUUCAAAGUGUUCCUAUCGUUCCAUAGCUAUUAUGAACUGAUUAUAUUCCCCUGGGGCUACAAGACGGACCCAUGUCCAGACUACUUACGUUUGCUGGAAGGAGGUGCGGUAAUGGCCAGGGCAAUUUUUGAUAGUAGCGGUAUGAUAUACAAAGUGGGCACCACAAAAGACAUGACGUACUACGCGUGCGGUACAAGCACGGAUUGGAGUUACGCCAUGGCUAAAAUCCCAUACUCGUACAUGAUUGAACUGAGAAGUAAGAAAUAUAGAUUUAGAUUACCACAGGAUCAGAUUUUAGACACUUGUAUAGAGAUUUGGUAUGCUGUGAAAAGUUUGAUGGAAUUUGUUGAUCAGCCCGAACAAUCUAAACAU